AUCACUUAUAUAUGAUGAUCCAGACUUUAAGCAUCAAAGUAAACAAACAAGAAAAUUUCCCCUUUUACAUGAUUCUCUUAAAUAUAUGCCAUCAUUUCAAGGGGAACUUUUGCUAAGCAUGAUUUCAUAAACAAAUCAUUUAUGAAAGAGAAAAACCACAUCCAGGGUAAAGUCAUAAGUUGAAAAAACCUUAUUUGAGAGAGUACUUCCUGAAAGAGACAAAGCAGCAAUUACGGCUGAACAAGCACUGACUCCCAUACCAAGUGUUAUAUUUGAAACAACUUUUAAAGCAACAUGAGAGCCUAAAGCAAAAGAAAUACAACAUUUCUUAAAUACACCAUUUCCAGAAAGGUCUAUUUUAACACAAGCAACUGAAAGAUAUCUCUUUUACAGAACUGGAUAUACCACAAAAUGUUCAUCUCCAAGAAAGCCUUUUGACCGACAGGAGUUUCUAAGUAUCAUGCCUACCAACAAGCUAUAAGAGCUAUAAGAUGACCACACUCAACAAUCAAGAUCUACCUGUCCCUUCUAACAACUCACAUCCAGAUGAAUACAAAAUUGCAGCCCUUGUUUUCUACAGCUUUAUCUUCGUAAUUGGAUUAUUUGUUAAUGCCACUGCGUUAUGGGUUUUCAGUUGUACCACCAAAAAAAGAACCACUGUAACCAUCUAUAUGAUGAAUGUGGCAUUACUGGACUUAAUAUUUAUAAUGAGUUUACCUUUUCGAAUGUUUUAUUAUGCAAAAGGUGAAUGGCCAUUUGGAGAGUACUUCUGCCACAUUCUUGGAGCUCUCACAGUGUUUUAUCCAAGUAUUGCUCUAUGGCUUCUUGCUUUUAUUAGCGCUGACAGAUACAUGGCCAUUGUACAGCCGAAGUAUGCUAAAGAACUUAAAAACACAUGCAAAGCCGUGCUAGCAUGUGUGGGAGUCUGGAUAAUGACCCUGACAACCACUGUCCCUCUGCUACUGCUCUAUGAAGACCCAGAUAAAGCCUCCACCCCUGCCACCUGCCUCAAAAUUUCUGACAUCAUCCACCUAAAAGCUGUUAACAUGUUGAACUUCACUCGACUGAUAUUUUUUUUCUUGAUCCCUUUAUUCAUCAUGAUUGGGUGCUACUUGAUCAUCAUUCAUAGUCUCCUUCAUGGUAGGACAUCUAAGCUGAAACCCAAAGUCAAGGAGAAGUCCAUAAGGAUCAUCAUCACGCUCCUGGUGCAGGUGCUCAUUUGCUUUAUGCCCUUCCACAUCUGCUUUGCUUUCCUGAUGCUGGAAGGGGAUGAGAACAGUUAUAGUCCCUGGGGUGCCUUUACCACCUUCCUCAUGAACCUCAGCACGUGUCUGGAUGUGAUCCUCUACUACAUAGUUUCAAAACAAUUUCAGGCUCGAGUCAUUAGUGUCAUGCUAUACCGCAAUUACCUUCGGAGUAUGCGCAGAAAAAGUUUCCGAUCCGGUAGUUUACGGUCAUUAAGCAACAUAAACAGUGAAAUGUUAUAAAAAAUAAAAAGUUUUUUCCCCUCAAUCUCUUUAAAAUUCACUUCACUAACUACUCUAGGAUCAAUGGAUACUCUAUAUUACCAAGUCCUCUUCUCCUGAAAAAAAUAA